UCGGUCUCCUUUUGUAGCGUCACUAUUGGAUAAUCCGUUAUUUAAUUUUUGGAAUUUUGGAAUAUUUUUUUUUGCUUCAAAAAGUACCAACCGAUAAAUACAAAGUUGAUACCUAGUUGAUCCAUAAUGAAUCUUUGAAAAAUUACUUUUUAGUCACUAUCAUAACAGCGGUAAAUUACCUCUUUAAAGCAAACGGAGUUUAUUACGAAAAAUGAGGAACUGUUAAAAAAUUAAUUGUUUUGUUGGUAUUUUACCAGUAAAAAUACAUGAAAAUUUGUAUAGUAAAUUUUUAGGAUCUCAAAUCAAAAAUCUGUAAUAUAACCAUAUAUCCUUUUAUGAAUGUGAAUAAAUGUGUUUCCGAAACGGCUUUAAGAAACCUUUGAAACAACGACAAAAUUCGUGAGUGAACGUGAAUCAAUGUUAUUCAAACGAAAUUUGAAAAUAGUGAAAGUAGAAGUCAAAUGCUGACUGAAAUAACGGACAAAGUUCAAUAUACAAAUGUGUGAUAGCCGUGGAUCACUUGUGAUUUUCCUCCCGCAAUUAUGAGUGAUACCGGUGAUCGUGAUCCGCCGGGUAAAACACCACCCGAAACAGCUAGCAACGGUAAACCACAAAGUGGUGAAACGCAAGACUCGUCUCGACAAUAUCAACGGCGGCCGCAAGCCGCAGUUAAUCCUCCUGCUGCGACUGUAUUGCCACCGCAACCGCACGAGCUGACCGCCGAGUGGACGGUUCGUGCGCAGCUAACAUUCGCUCGAGCCGGCGAAAAAGUGCAGCGCGAAUUCAGCUCAAACGAUCCAGUGAAUCCUGUCCGUGUGGUGUACAAAUGGUCUGCAUUUGAUUCGCCACUGCCGCCGGACGAUGAUGCCGACGCUGACCUGUUAGACGAUUCUUCGUCUUCAACUUUGCACAAGCGAAACUCAUUCGCCAGUCGUGGAUCACGCCAAUCUACACCGCUAAAGACCGUACAACACACCCGUCGUUGGCAGCAGCAGCCGCACGAAAGCUUCCGGUCGACCACUUCAUCAACCAAUGCCGACCUAGGUGGAGGCGAUUCGGCAUUCAGCGGCUCCAAUACUUCUAAACAACGCCAACGACCCUACCAACGGCAAACUCCAACCGCAGGCGCCAGUGGUCCGAAUACCGAAAUGGGCGCUAUUUACGGUACGCGCUGCCGCAGUACGUGCAACAUUGUCGUCUCGGCCGUUGCGGACUUUCUGCCCACAAAUCAUGCAGCUAGCGAAGGCGCGACGUCCACACAAACAACGACAAAUGAAGACUUCAUGAUGAGCAGUGGGUCCGGAUUAGGAGGCGCGACGACACAUGUCAAAGCAUCAGCGACGGACUUCAUUCCGGAAGAGGAGGCUGAUCCGUUUGUAUUCAAUACAACGGCGUCGUACACUGUUUUACCUCAAGCGUCCAUCGAUUCUACCAUAUCCACCGGCUCGAAAAGUUUCACCACAAUUGGAAAAGUACUGGCUCUUCGUGACGCUUUCUCACAGACAAGUGAUACGGAGACGAAAUAUUUUGAAGAGCGUGAACGUGAAUACGAACGACGCCGGUAUGCUAAUAGCCGUAGUCCGAUUGAUCGUCGAAUAAGGCAGCAUCAUCAGCAUCAACAGAAGGAACAAAAGUCAUAUGAAAGUCGUCGUGCCACCACGGAAGGUUUACUCCUGUCGCCUAGCGGUCAUUCUGGUGGCGGUGAUUCCUACGUGGACGAGGCAAACUCAUUUAUGCCUUCGUUUUUAACUUCCCCAUCGCAUACGUUCAAAUCUGCCUCUAUGCCGCGUAUACCAACAGUGCCAGAACAGACACGCUCCCAACAGGAGCAACAACAACAAACGCUUGCUUCUAAACAAAAGUCAAAUUCAAGUGAACCACUGAAGAAACCGCGAACGGUACACAUUGACGUCUACUGCACGGGUUCUGAAGAUGAAGAUGAGGAAGAGGAGGGAGCUGAAGGAGAAGAUGAGGGCGAUCAUGCCGAUGCCGAAGCAUCCGCUAGUUCGAAUGACGAAGAUGAGAAUGCAAGUAAACGUUAUGAAUUGGAAUCAAAUUCCACACCUCAAACCGUUUUUGACAACGAACAGCUGUUGCUGAAGCACAAGCGUAUUACGGGUCAAAUGCUUCCACGGCGUCUACAACAACCAUCAACACGCGCCGAUACCCAAACUACAAAAGCACCGAAAACGGAAGGCACAGGUGACUUGAGUAUUGGACAUGCCAUAACCAAGUCCAGCACUGCUGAAGAGGUAUCUGAGUCCAAGCAAUUACUAUUUCGAAAACACAUUGGCGAUCAACGUGCCGCCAAAUUGGCAGUACUACGUCAAAAGUAUAUGCGUCAAUCAAGUGAUGAUGCUAUCAGCUCAAAUUAUCCCAACUCAUCGCGUUCUACGGUGCGCGACGCCACGUGCAGUAGCAUUGCCUCGAGCGUAGUCACCUCAUCCCAAGCUGAAUAUCCCGACUCACCAUGGAAGGAGACAGAGGAUCCAGAAGAAAUAUACUCACUUGCAAAGUCGGACAGUUUUGAAUAUGAAAAUACAACCGAUCGGUUGCGCAUAAAGCAGAUGGAGCGGUUUUGGUCGCGUACAUCCUCUAUGGACGAGCCAACCGGUCAACGUCAAAUGUUAUCAGGCUCUCCAGUACGUGGUCAUAUGCAGGGAGCUUUCUUACAACCCAUUUCGGAAGUUAGCUCACAACGAAACUCACCUUUUAAGACGCCCCUCACACGCUAUGACACUUUGCCUUCCGAACCUGAAAUCUUUUCGGAAGCAUCUGACACUUACUACACAUAUCCUGGUGCAACUGCAACAACCACUACACUGCAUUCUUCGCCGGCAUACCUGCAGCAAACAUCACACUUUCCACGCAAUCGUCCCGGGUUUUUGCAGUUUUUCGGCCCAUCUACCUCACCGAAUCAACAACAGCAAACACAUGUUUCGUCCCAGUUGCCAAACACUGCACGCGAGGUGACUUCACCAUCGCACGCUCAAUUGCUGUACACAGGUUAUCAACCGUACUUACAGCGUUGGAAGAGCGAGACGCGUGAUAAUCUGUCGACACACGACACCUCGUCGCCUGCAGAUCACAGUAGCUGCGCUGGAUCACCGCCGCUAACUUCACGACAAAUUUCGCCAGCAUUUCAAAGAAGUGGCAGUGAGGCGCCGCCAACCACAUCUUCAGCGGCGACAUUCCAUCAGUCGCCAAUAACUGCGCGACGUUUCGAAAUGAAACACGAAAGCUCUGCAAUAAGCGAAGCUUCUACAACCCACUCCGGCUACACACCCGAGCACUUGUUAAAGGCGAAGAAAUUUGGCACUGUAGUAAGUGCAGCGCGUAAACCGGGUCAUCAUGUGGGACCAACAAAAAACCCGAGUUGUGCUUGUGAGAGCUGCCAGCGUUGGCUUGCCGAACGUUUUCAGGUACGCGGACGUGCUUUCUCUUUGGGAGAGCGCCCUAUACUACGGCGUCCCACUUGAGGGACUGGAUGUCAUAAAAAGAAUGAAUCCUCACUGCCAUAUAUUAAAUUAAGGUUUAAUCAUAACUGAACUUCAAACCCAAUAUUAAAUUGCAUUUAUGUGACAUAAAUGAAUAAAGAAAACGUAACGAUUAGGUCUGGAUGUAAUGCUGAUUAUCUCGUAAACUAGUUAAGCAGCUUUCAAACACAUUUCAACCUCAAUACAUACCAAAAUGAACUUUCAUUGAAUCCGAAAUACUAAAUACUCAUUUAUGUACCGAUUGUUUGUACCUUUAACUUAAAGAGAUUUAAGUGAAUAACUAAUAUUUGUCUAAAUGUUAAGAAUAAAAUGGAGAGACUUAUUAAAGUUUAAACAAAAUGUUCCUCAAUUUCCCAGCUGAAUUGUAAAAGUACCAAAUA